CCAGGGUUAAUUUGCUUGACUCCACCCAGAGUUUCUGAGCAGUGGACUCCGCGUUGAACCUGACUUCUCAGGCCUGGCAGAGGUACAAGUGCCGUGCAGAUGCAGAGUGGGUCACUUCCCAGCUGAGGUGGAGCCUGAAGUGUUUCUGAGUGGUAAACUCCAGCCAAUUUGUUUGCAAGUUGGUUUGUUGUUGUGGGAUUUUUUGGAGGGGUGUGAGGGUGGGAGGUUGGGAUCUGCAUAUAAAGGACGAGCUCCCUGGACCGGCCAUCACUUCUGCGACACCAUGAUCCCAGCAGUGGACUGAGCACUGCCCGGGUCUUCGAUGCUCCAUUCAUGCCACCUUCCAGCUUUGCUGUGUGACUGCUCGAGCCACUCGUGGGAUGUUGUGAGCUCUGCUUUUGCAAGAGCCACUUUCUCUCCCUCCACCGCCCUCGCUCGGUCUGUAUCCGACAGGAGGCACGCCAGCCGCUUGGAUGAUCUGAUUCCUUUCCUGCCCUAAAUUACUCCUGCCCAGAUGCAUUGGAUACUUUUCAUGUUGCUGUUAUUCAUCAACUCCAUGGAAAUGCUCCUGCAGAACAGAAGGAAGAAACAAGCGAGCGCUGGCUUGUUUGAGAACUGCACGGGCUGCGUCAUGUGCUCGGAGGAUAACGGGUGCAUUGCCUGCCAGCAGCGUCUCUUCCUGCUGAUCUGGAGAGAUGGGAUCCGCCAGUAUGGGGCGUGCGUCCACGCCUGCCCACCUGGCUACUUCGGGCUGCGAGGCCAAGAGGUCAACAGAUGCACAAAGUGCAGGUCGCCGAGCUGCGAGAGCUGCUUCAGCAAAGAUUUCUGCAUGAAAUGCAAAGAGAAGUUUUAUUUGCACAAAGGGAAGUGUUUCAGCGCGUGCCCGCCGAACACCACGGCCCAGCCCAGCACCAGGGAGUGCCAGGAGAUGUGUGAGAUGGGACCCUGGAGCGAAUGGAGCCCCUGCAGCAACGAGGGGAGAACAUGCGGCUGCAAGUGGGGCUCGAAGACCAGGACGCGCGAAGUCGUCAGGAGUACCAAAGAGGAGGUGCUGACCUGCCCGGCCCUGCUGGAAUCCAGGAAGUGCAGAAUGAGGAAGCAUUGCCCUGGAGAGAAGCCCGAGACCAUCAAGAAAACAAAAAGGGAAAAGAAACAGAAGAAGCAGAAGGCAGAUUCGCUGGCAUGCACCUAACCAGCAUCCUCACAGGUGGGACUCCGGGAGGCAGCACUGGGGGCGGCCCUAUGGGAGCGCCGUGGGGCACAAAGGAGGUCUUCACCCUGAGGUCUCAGCAACAUUUCCUUUUCCACCUUUUCCAGCCAGAGAAUAUUGCACAAUUCCCCACCCACCACCACACAUACACACAUCCCUACAUGCGUCUUUGGAGGCCGUUUACGGCCUGUGAAACAUUUCUUCUUGCAGCCCGACUGCGAAAGCAAAGCUCUGUUUUCUCCCCUACCCCCGAUGCACCCUCACAGUUCGGCUCCUUCUCUGGGGCAACCAGAGCCAGCUGCCGUAGGGAGCCAGGUGACGCUGGCUGGGCCGUGGUGGGUUUGCAUCCCUGGCUCAGUUACCUGCCCAGUAAGAAGAGUUACAGAACAGCGCCGAGCGUGGCCGGCACUGCCAGGGGGAAGAGGAGCUUCGAGUCUGGCACGGGACGGCCUCCUCCUCCUCCUCCUUUACAGAUGGGGAAUGCCUUGAGAGCAAAGGGGCGAGUUAUCCCGCGCGGCGCCAUCACCCAGCACGGCUACGCUGCAAAAAUGGCCAGCAGGACAUUCGACGGACCCAGGGCCUUCACCAGGUCUUCUGGAGCUGACGGGUGGGAGGUUCCCCUUUCCCUGGCAGGCUCGUCCCCUGCCUCCAGACUGGAUUUCUGUGGCGGGUUCCCCACCCACCCAAUGGAACCGGAGCAGAAUGCUAGCAAUGGACCGCGCUGUAACCAGGAGCUGGGGAGCAGCCUCUCUUGGAGAGCCCCAUCGUUGCUACGUUACAGCACAGCUGGCCAUGCCUCCAACUCCCACCCAGCACCUUCAGCCCAAUUACGUGGGCGCGCAGCGGUCUGAACGGCCCCCGUGCCAAGCCUCCCAGCCUUUCCCCUCCAACUCUUUCCAUGCCCGCUGCUCCCACAGACCCCUGCUCGGAGGUGAGUGGGGGGCAGACGCUUUGGUUCUUUCCUGGGGCCAGCUGUCCAUCUCGUCUGUGUGAGAAAUGAAAGCGUCCACGGGGGAGAGCCGAGUGACUGAAAAACGGGGACAUUCCCCGGGCAGGAAAUCUCAGAAUUGUACCGGGCCCUGGCCACGCUCCAUCUUCCUCCCCAGGGCUGUGAUCCUGCCAGGUGGCGAGUGCCCUCAGCUGCCCUGGCACUCGGCACAGGAUCGGACCAGACUCCAAAUACAGAGCACCAGCAUCCAAUCCCACAGGCCUUACUCAGGUACCACUCCCAUUGCCUGCAUAAGGGCUGGGGGAUUUCCUCCCCAGGACAAACCGGGGCAAUAGAAGAAUCCUACACCCCUGCAACAGCCCGAACUGUCCCUCGUUUUUACUGGACUGAGAGUCUGGAGAGUUGAAAUUCUGUCAGUAAAUCUCUUGUCCUAUUACCAUGCGGGACUAGGAGGCAAGCCUGAGCGACCACCAGAGAUAAAAGAACUUUCUCAUGAGCUUCCCAGCCCACCCCCUCUGGAGAGUUUAUCCAAGUGUCCGAGAAGGAGCUGAGCUUCUUGAUCCUUCACUGCACCAAAGGCAAAUUCUGCCCCUUUAGUGGCCAGCCCAGCCCUCGCCCAGGACACGACCCGUGGGGAUCUGGGGACCCUAUCAUGUUGGUGUGCAGAAGGGGUUAGACAGUAUCUGCAAAUUCCUCAAAUAUGUGUGUCACUCUCACAGAGAUUUGUGGCGUUACAAAACCUAACCAAGACAAGCUGGUGGGAAUAGCUCAGUGGUUAGAGUAUUGGCCUGCUAAACCCAGGGUUGUGAGUUCAAUCCUUGAGGGGGCCACUUAGGGAUCUGGGGCAAAAUCAGUACUUGGUCCUCCUAGUGAAGGCAGGGGGCGGCUAGACUUGAUGACCUUUCAAGGUCCCUUCCAGUUUUAGGAGAUAGGUAUAUCUCCAUAUUUAAAGAAAAGGCCGCUCUCAUUUUCUAGUGCCAGACAUCCGUGCACCCUUUGUCAACAGAGAGCUCAGGAUGUUUCAAAGAAGACUUUCCUGAGAGUCCUGCCCAUCAGUACCAGAUUAAGCUCUGUUAGGGCAGAUCUAUGGUGGGAAGAGGACAUUACAUGGGGGAACAUUAUAGCAUUUCAGCUAAGAAAGAAUUGCAAGUGUGAAAAAUCGGGAUGGGAGUGGUGGGUAAUUGGCUCAUAUAUAAGAUAUAGUCCCGAAUAUCAAGACUGUCCCUAUAAAACUGGGACAUCUGGUCACCCUAAGUCCCCUCACCCUAAACUUCUAGCAGCAUCAGAUGCCUUCUAGCAUUCUAACUCAGUUCUAUGAUUCUGGCAAAUUAGGUUUUAUUGUCUACAUAAAUAAAUAUAUAUUAUAUAUAUAUGAAAUAUAGAAAUUUAUUUCUAGAAAAUCAAUGUAUUUAAAAUGUCUCUCACUAUAUAUAUAUUUUCUUAUGCUAGUUUAAAAUAAGAAUUUUGGUUUUAAAUAAAAGUAUUGUACAUAGCAAUUUGUGGUUCAAACUUCGAUGAUGAUGGGGUUGUAAUAGCCAUGUGUUUAGGGCACUGGCAACACGUUGCUAGUUUUUUGUCAUACAAAAGGUUAGCUAAACAAUGCCAACCCUUUCCUAUAGGGAGUGCCUCGUGUGUCAUUUUUACUAGUGACCACGAGGUGUCGCUGUCAAGUAAGGAAUGGCUAGUACUAUUUCCUACUUACUUAUAAAUAAAUAUAGAUAUUCUUGAGAUUUAACAGUUACCGUCCCACGAGGAAGCAACAUUCAAAGGCAUCAAGGAUUCUAAUAACUUGGGUUUAUGUAUCACCCUGCAUUGCAUCCGAAAGGGCAGCUGGUUGGU